AUGGGAGCAGAGCAAGAACUCCAGACGAAGCCUCUCACAUACGCAUAACUCGGUGAAGAAGCUGCGAACAGACGAAACGAAACCCUAGCACAGACUGUGAUCAGACUUUCCGCGUCUUCCAUGUCGCCGACUCCGGGGAAUAUUACCCAGAGGAAGAAGAGGUCACGGGCCAGGCGGGAUGGAUCUUCUGUAGCUGAGAAAAUUGCAGAGUGGAAGGAGUACAACAACGAACUUGAUUCUUCUAAUGACGAGGGAAAGCCAGUCCGCAGAGUUCCCGCUAAAGGAUCAAAAAAGGGAUGCAUGAAGGGUAAGGGUGGACCGGAGAACCCCAAUUUUAGUUACAGAGGUGUAAGGCAGAGGAGAUGCGGUAAGUGGGUCGCAGAGAUUCGAGCGCCAAACAGGGGAACAAGACUCUGGCUUGGUACAUUCCCGACACCACUCGAAGCUGCGACGGCGUAUGACGAGGCUGCAAGGGCCAUGUACGGUCCUGUAGCCCGGCUAAAUCUUUCAAAUAACGCUUCAGUGAAGGAGGCACCUACAUCAAGCAGUGAUUGUUCGUCAGACAUAUCAGCAUCAUCUUGCAUGGAUUAUAGUUUGGAUUGCUUAAAACCAAGCUGGCCAGAAGAUUGUGACUACAUGUUGUAUGUGCCAGGAACAGUUGAUUUGAUAUUACCAGAUCUUGUGUAAAUUGGUUGGAGAGACGGAAUGCACAGUGGAUAGAAUGCUAGUCUGCUUUUUGGCGGAUCUUCAAGCUAUGGUCAAGUCUGAGUUUACAAGCAAGUAAACAACCCUCCAUGUACAUUCAGAUAAUCCUAGUGGCAAGUACAUAACCAUCCACGCAAGACUCGGAUCAUCCUGUUUUGAAUUUUUCCAGACUUUUGAAAUGAUUUCUUUCUUUUAUUCUUUCUUUUUCGGGCAAAGUGAAGCUUUGAGCAAUUGUACAUUUAUGAUAUUCUUUUUGUCAAAAUGACAUGUUUGUUCUAGUUU